AUGGCAGAUCCCAGCUCAACGGAGAAGCGCGACAGCAUCACAAUGGAAAAGUACGAUUGCGUCGUUGUUGGCGCUGGUUGGUACGGUUUAGCUGCGGCGAAGCAGUUCCACUGCACGCAACCAGAAUGCUCUCUCGCCGUCUUCGACUCGCAGUCCAGCUUAGGCGGCACAUGGGCCGACGACCGUCUAUACCCUGGAUUGAAGAGCAAUAACUUACUGGGAACGUUCGAAUAUCCCGACUUCCCUAUGGAUACGCCAACAUUUGGCGUCAAGACUGGUGAACACAUGCCGGGAGAGGUUAUCAAUAAUUACCUCAAGGCGUACGCCGCCAGGUUUGGCAUCACAAACAUGAUUCGCUUAAACACGAAGGUACUUGUCGCGGAACACCAGGAUACCGUUGAAGGCGGCUGGAUGUUGACGGUUGCACCCCCGGGUCAACCCCCCAUUAAAGUGUUUGCUCGUCGUGCUAUCUUCGCGACGGGUCUAACCUCAGAGCCUUUCCUACCACAUUUUGCAGGCCAAGAGACCUUUGGAGGCAGAAUCUUUCAUGGCAAACAGUUCAAACAGAACAGUGAUACGUUAGAAACAGCAAAGAGAGUCACCAUCUUUGGUGCCACCAAAUUCGCUUGGGAUGCAGUAUACGCAUACGCGACUGCAGGCGUCAAAGUCGACUGGGUUAUUCGCUCAUCUGGCCAUGGCCCGUGUUGGAUUUCGCCAUCCUAUGUUACGCCACUUAAGAAGUGGAUUGAGAAACUUGCGAAUGUGCGUUUCUUAACCUGGUUUAGUCCUUGCGUGUGGGGGGAUAUUGAUGGCUAUGGGGGAAUCCGCGGCUUUUACCACGGCACGGCUUUUGGUCGGAGUAUCGUCAACUCCUUUUGGAAAGUCUUAGGUGGAGAUGUGAUUAAUCUCAACGCCUAUGAUUCGCACCCCAAGACUGCCAAGCUCAAGCCAUGGACUGACCCGAUGUUUACGGGGGCCAGUUUCAGUAUCAUGAACUACGAUACCAACUUCAUGGACCUCGUCAAAGGCGACGAUGUCAAUAUCUAUGUUAGCGAGAUCGACCAUUUGAGCCCCGGCAAGGUUCACUUGUCCGAUGGCACCGAAUUCGAAUCCGAUGUCUUACUCGCCCACACAGGGUGGAAACACGUGCCGCCGAUCAAAUUCCUUCCUGAAGGAAUUGAAGGUGAGCUCGGUAUCCCCCACACCCCACGCGACGAUGCACCAUCCACCGACCUUGCGAACGAUGCGGCAAUAAUGGAACGGGUUGAUAAGGAAAUUCUUGAGCGAUUUCCCCGAUUGAAAGAUCAACCCGUGUGGAACAAGAAUUAUAUCCCCAUGACGGAGCAGAAGGGAAUUGUCAGCAAUGACGAUGUAACACCCUACAAGCCUCUAACACCGUACAUGCUGCACCACUUUAUCGUACCGCCGUCCGAGCGAUUCUUGCGUGCUCGCGACACGGCCUUCAUUGGAAUUGUUUCCAACUUCAGUAAUAUGAUCACAGCACACCUGCAAGGUCUCUGGAUCAGUGCAUACUUCUCAGGCAAGUUAGAGCGGGAUCCUUCAACAGCCGUAGGUGACGAGGUUGCAAUGCAACAACUUCGAUAUGAAACAGUGCUGCAUAAUCGUUUCGGCAAAUGGCGGUACCCAACCGACGGUACCAAGAACCCCAACUUCAUUUUCGAUGCUGUGCCUUACCUCGACCUGCUGCAGCGGGACCUAGGUCUUGGCAUAUACCGCAAGAAGGGUUUCUUCGCUGAGCUCUACGACCCAUAUGGUCCUGAGGACUACCGAGACGUCAACAGCGAAUGGACGAGCAAGUACGGAGAUAUGAAGAAGCUCGAAUCUUUAGGCAACAGCUUAAAAACGCUGAGCUCAACAGAACCGAAACUGAACUAA